AUAUAUUUUGUCUAAAAAUUUCCCAAUAUAGAUUUGAAGUUUUAGGCUCCUUUAAGCAUAAUACCAUCAAUGGCAUCUUCUUCCACUCUGUCCAUUCACAAGAGUUUUAGAUAUGAUGUGUUUUUGAGUUUUAGAGGUAAAGACACCCGUACCAACUUCGUUGAUCAUCUGUAUUAUGCUCUACAGCAGAAAGGCAUUCACACUUACAAAGAUGAUGAGAGAAUUAAGAAGGGCAAAAAGAUCAGUGAUGAACUCAUAGGAUCCAUCCAAGAUUCAAAACUCUACAUCAUUGUUUUCUCAAAAAACUAUGCCUCUUCUUCCUGGUGUUUGGAUGAGCUUGUGAAGAUAAUGGAAUGUCACAAGACCAACGAGCAUACUGCCUAUCCUGUAUUCUAUGAUGUGGAGCCCUCUGAGGUCCGCAACCAAAGUGGGGCAGUUGAAAAUGCCUUUGCUAAACAUGAAAACAAGGAGGCUGCUGGGAAAUGGAGGGAGGCUCUGAAAGAAGCUGCGGAUCUGGCUGGGUGGGAGUUGAAGAACACGUCUGAUGGGCAUGAAGCUAAAUUCAUCAAAACAGUUGUUGAAGAACUUUCACUAGAGUUACGAGCAAUCAAUUUCAGUAUUGAUGAAAAACUAAUCGGCAUGGAAACCCGGAUCAAAGAUGUUUUAUCAUAUUUAGGAACUGGUUUUGAUGAUGUUCGCAUGAUCGGGAUCAAAGGAAUGGGAGGUGGUGGGAAGACAACUUUGGCCAGAGCUGUUUUUGAUCAAAUAUCCUUUCAGUUCGAAGGUAAAAGCUUCGUUGAGAAUGUGAGAGAAGUUUCAAAAGCUUCUUUGUUCGGUUUAAAGUCAUUGCAAAACCAAAUCCUUUCAGAUGUCUUAAAUGAUCAAGGCAUCAUUGUAAGUAGUAUUUAUGACGGGAAAAACAUGAUGAAGAGGAGGAUGGGUGGUAAAAAGGUUCUUCUUGUUCUAGAUGAUGUGGAUCAUAUAGAGCAACUUGAGGCGUUAGCAUGUGAGCGGAAUUGGUUUAAGCCAGGAAGCAGGAUUAUCAUUACAACAAGGGAUGAGCAAGUGCUGGUAGCACAUGGAGUGAAGUCGAUUUGUAACGUCAGGUUGUUAUCGGAUAAGGAAGCAAUUUUCCUCUUUAGUAGGUUUGCAUUUGGCAGAGAGAUUCCCAAUCUGGGGUAUGAAGAGCUAUCACGACAAGUUGUACAUUAUGCUGCUGGUCUUCCUUUAACAAUCAGAGUUUUGGGUUCGUUUCUCUGUGGUAAAAAUGAGCUUGAAUGGAAAGAUGCCUUAGAAAGACUAAAAAAAAUUUCGGUAUCUGAAAUUUUAGAAAAAUUGGAAUUAAGUUAUAUAGGUCUAGAGGAGGAUUACAAGGAAAUAUUCCUAGACGUUGCAUGCAUACUGAAAGGUUGGUCAAAAGUGUUAGCAAUCAAAGCUCUUGAAAGUUGUGGAUUUCAUGCUAGAGUUGGUUUAAGAGUUCUUGAACAAAAAUCUCUCAUAACAAUUCAUGAUAAUCUUGAUGAUGGUGAGUGUCUAGGCAUGCAUGACCAUAUUGCGGAAAUGGGCAGGAAUAUUGUUCGUCGUUUGCACCCGGAUAAGCCUAACAAACAUAGUCGAUUAUGGAUUAACAAGGAAAAUGAUGAUAUAUUGGCUAAUGACUUGGGUACUAAAGCAACAAGAUGUAUGCAAUUCUAUACUCGGAAGCUCAGUCCUGAAAUUGUAAUGAAGGGUCUUAGAAAGAUGAAGGAACUUAGAUUUCUCGACUUGUCUGUGGGAUUUAUCGGUGCACGUAAAAGUGAUGUUUUUCGUCGGAAUUGGAAAUUUUAUGAACUUCCAAAUGCUUUACGAUAUCUGCAUUGGGACCAUUACCCUUUUAGAUCUUUACCCAAAACAUUUCAGGCAGAUAAUCUUGUUACACUUCAGAUGGCCGAUAGCAGAAUUGUACAACUUUGGGAAGGGAGAGAAAGAAAGGUUCUUAACAAGCUGAGAUUCCUUGACCUCAGUUACUCCAUGUUGAAGACCCUUGAUCUUGGGCUUACUCCAAAUAUUGAGACGUUGAAUCUUAAGGGAUGUUGUAAUUUGGUAGAACUUCACAUGCUUGUUGGAUGUUUUAAGCUAAUAACCAUCGACCUCAGUAGUUCAAUGUUGAGGACCCUUGAUCUUGGGCUUACUCCAAAUAUCGAGACGUUGAAUCUUAAGGGAUGUUGUAAUUUGGUAGAACUUCACAUGCCUGUUGGAUGUUUUAAGCUAAUAACCGUCGACCUUAGUAGGUCAAUGUUGAGGACCCUUGACCUUGGGUCGGCUCCCAAUCUCGAGCUGAUAGACCUUGAAGGAUGUUCGGAUUUGGUAGAACUUAUAAUGCCUUGUAGAUGUCCAAAUCUUAGAUCCCUCAUACUCAAUAAUUCAAAGUUAAGAACCCUUGACAUUGGGCAGACUCCGAAUAUUGAGUAUUUAGAUCUUAAAAAUUGUUAUGAUCUAGAAGAACUUUGCAUGCCCCAUGAAUGUCAAAAGCUCACAUUCCUCAACAUUAGUCGUUCAAAGUUGAGGAACCUUGACAUCGGGCUGACUCCAAAUCUCGAGAAAUUAGAUCUCAAAAAGUGUUACAAUUUGGUAAAACUUAACAUGGCCGAUGAAUGUCUAAGAAAGGUUGUCUACUUGGACUUAAGUGGUUGUUUGAGGUUUAAAUCUUUUCUGUUUCACAUAGGUGGUGAUGCUUCUUAUAGUAAGAUGAAUGCUUCUUUUGGGGAGGGUGAUGCUUCUUGCAGCGAGGAUGAUGCUUCUUGUGAUGAAGGCGAUGCUUCCUAUAGUGAAGAUCAUGAUGAUGAAUCACUUAAGGUUGGCCCUUUAGCUGAGUUACAUCUCAUUGCGGAGUCCCUAGAUGGAUGCCCAUUUCACCCUGAAAGUAAUUUGCCAAAGUUUCAAUUUUCAUGUUUUUAUAAAGAAGAUAAACCCUUCUUAACUAGAAACCUUGAGAAGCUUAUCGCUGUAGGUUUAUGUGCUUGCACAAAUGUUGAGACGUUUUCAAGAAGUAUUUGCGGGUUACAACAUUUAAGAAAGCUUAAACUCCAACACAAUAAUCGACAAACAAUUCAGUUUAAGGGCCUAAAGUUCUUCAUGGACCUUGACCUGCUAGAAUAUCUAGAGAAGCUAGAUUUGAUUCCUCUAAAAUCUCCCAAAGUUAAUGUAUGUUCGUUUCUUGAGAAGUUAUCCGAGGAUCUUGGCCCAUUUGAAUCUUUAAAGAAUCUAACUGUUACAUUUGCAAUGAUUAAAGAUCUCCCUCAUUGCAUUUGUAUGUUGAAACAUCUCGAAUCUCUCAAACUUAACAAUUGUUCUGUGCUUGAGAAGUUACCUGAGAAUCUUGGCCGAUUAGAAUGUUUGAAGAAGCUAACUUUGACAAACGCAAACAUUAAAGAUCUUCCUGAUAGCAUUUGUAUGUUGAAACAUUUGGAAUCUCUCAAACUUAAUUAUUGUCUGUUGCUUGAGAAGCUACCUGAGGAUCUUGGCCGACUAGAAUGUUUAGAGAAUCUCGACCUCAGCUAUUGCAAGUUAUUACGAGAUAUCCCGGACAGCAUCUGCACCCACAAUAUAGGAGUUUCCUCUAAGUAUGGUGCUCCAGGGAUGAUUUUGAGAGGCUCUGAAGGCCCGGAAAAAAGCCAAUUAACAAAGAUAGAAGACUAUAACAGUGCUAUGCAUACUUGA